GACAUCAAACCUGAAAACCUUGUGUUGGGACCGGAAGGCACGCCCUCUGAAAACAUAAUCCAUUUGAUUGACUUUGGAUUAGCGAAGGAGUUCAUCGACCAGAAGACCAAAGACCACAUCCCUGUCAAGAAGAAUAAAGCACUGGUAGGUCCGCCCCGUUAUAUGAGUAGAUGGACUCACUUGGGUUACGAGCAGUCCAGACGCGAUGAUUUGGAAGCCAUCGGAUAUGUAAUAAUGUAUUUCCGCAAGAAUGGAGACCUCCCGUGGAGUGGACUCCCGGAGUCGACGGCCCAGAAAAAACGGGAUCUCAUCGGAGAGUUCAAGAGAAGCAUCUCUAUUGAGACCCUAUGUUAUGGUUAUCCCGAAGAGUUUGCUGAUUAUCUUCGAGCCGUCCGUUGUCUAGACUUUGAAGAGAAACCCAAUUACUCUAACCUUAAGAAACCAUUCAUUGAGUUGUUUCAGAAGAAUGAGUACAACGACGACGGGCUCUACGACUGGCAGCACCUCUUCUCUCAGCANAGAAACCAUUCAUUGAGUUGUUUCAGAAGAAUGAGUACAACGACGACGGGCUCUACGACUGGCAGCACCUCUUCUCUCAGCAAUAUAUCAAUUAAUUCAUGA